AUGAGGAGAUCGCGUCCUAUAUCCAAGAGGGCAGCUACUAUGUCCAAUGUAUAUGCAUCAGACGCCAUAGAACCGAGUGACAAGGCUGGUAAGGAUGAGAGAAAGUCUCUGGCUGCGGAAACAGAAAAGAGUAACAACCCUUAUAAACUAACUAGAUCAAACUCGGUGCAUGUUUUUAUGGAGUAUGGCAGCGGUGGUGCAAAAGAUGAAAAUGAAGGGAAUGACAAAGAAAGAGAAGAAGGAGUUACACCUCCUCCGUUGGACUAUUCUCGUCAACGAAAUACGUCUCGUGCUCAAGGUGGAAACGACCGGCAAAAUCUGGCACAAGAUGGAAACCAUCGGCAAAAUCUGGCACAAAACCUCCCUUCUUCAAAGAAAAGUUAUGAUGAUGAGAGUUCUGCAAAAAGAGGCACUGGCAUUAUCAAAGAAAGACCAUUGUCUAGGAGGUCAAACCGACUAUCGUCUCGGGGUGAUCAAGCCACCACCAAUUCAAGAGACGAAUUGGUACGCACUACAUCUCAUCCAUCAAUUGAGCGAAUUAGUACUCCGCGAAGCUAUAGACAAUCGAUCAAACAAAUCAUAAUCCCAAGCACAAUUGACAAUGAAAACGUCCAAACUCCAGACUCGCGGGAGAUGAAAGAAAACGCCUCAGAAAACUCCUUGAGUCCUGGUGCAUUAUUGCCAUUUAACACUAAUAAUGAUUUUGAACAUGAUCUCAAGUUUACCGACGAAGACUGCAAAACAGGUGGUAGUAGAAGAGAUGCUACUGUAAUUUUUAAAAAGAAGGAAACUUCUGGAUCGGAAGGUACAGCUCGAAACUCUAACUAUAACAAGGAGCCUGUUAAACCGGGAAAGAUUAUACGUAUCAACAACAACAACAAUGAUAGCGACAAUAAUAAUAACAACAACGACAACAACGACAACAACAACAACAACAACAACAACGACAACAACAACAACAACAACAACAACGACAACAACAAUAAGAUAUUUAACAACUACAAAGAUUCAACGGAUUACAAUAUAAUAGAUGACGUACAAGGAUGGGGAGAUGCAACGACUGAAAAGAUCACUACAGAUCACUCUACUGAAGGAGAACAAGAAAAAAUAGGUUAUGACAUUUAUGAUUCUGGUCAUCGAACUCCAUUAGAAUACCAUGAUUAUGGAUCGUUCACUUCACCCACGCCUCGUAGAAAGUGCUUUGAUUUGUGUUCGCGAAAAUCAUUCAUUAUUACUAUUGUAACAUUGAUUAUGGUGGUUGUUUUAUUGCUAGGAAGUUCUGUACCCGUUAUGUAUAUAUUAUCCAAGGGCACUCAAGAAUCAGUUGACAAGUACUUCCAAGAUCCAAAACAUAAGUCGUUUUUGAACGAAUUGUAUCACAAGUAUAUUGUUCAAAAGAAUGCAAAAGAAUCGGUUUUUGGCGCACUGACAAACUCGGUAGAAGGAUUGAGUGCAGAAACAAAAGGUGACACGGAAGUGGUUGAGUUGAUGAGCGUUGUUUCAAAUGUAUUAUUCAAUGGUAUUGCAUACUCGCCGAUGAAUGCUAUGGAACCGUUUUGUGGCUUUUCAAGACGAGAUGCCAUGCUUGAUCUAGCCAAACUAUCAACAGUAACAACAAAAAUAAGAACUUAUGGAAUGCAAUGUAAACAAGUUGAGCUAAUUUUAGACGCAAUUGACCAUAUGAAUCUUAACAUGACUGUGGCCAUGGGGGUAUGGAUAGGUCCAAAUAACACAGUUAACAAGCAGCAAAUGGAUAUGAUGAAAAAGGUAAUUGCGGCGCAUCCGGAUCCUCUGAGAGUGAUCAAUUCGAUAUACAUUGGCAAUGAAGUGCUUUUCCGCGAGGAUAAAUCCAAGGAAGAAUUGAUUGCUUACAUACGUGAUGCCAAAAGCUUUUUGGAGCUAAUGCAUGUAAGUAAUAUACCAGUUGGAACAUCAGAAAUUGGGUCACUAAUUGAUCUGAAAUUACUAGAAGCUUGUGACAUUAUUGGUGCCAACAUCCAUCCAUUUUUUGGUGGUGUUUCGGUUGAAGAAGCUACAAGUUGGACUUUGCAAUUUUUGGAUUAUCAAAUCCAACCAUAUAAUGAGAAAUUUGCCACUCCAAUUGUGAUUACCGAAAUUGGUUGGCCCAGCGGUGGCGGUCGUUAUAAACAAGCAAUUGCAAAUGUUGACAAUGUCAAAUACUUUAUUCGUGACUUUUUGUGCACUUUGAGGGAAACAGCAAUUGAUUAUUAUUUCUUUGAAGGGUUCGAUGAGCCGUGGAAGGAGAUAUUUUGGGAAGCAAAUCAAAAGUGGGAAACACAAUGGGGAAUUUUCAAUAAAGAUAGGCUGAAUAAAUUCCCACUACAGUAUAUGGGCUGUACAUAA